AUGAUAUCAAAGUAUUUUUUUAAUAUAAACAAAUUAAUAACUAAAAAAAAAAAAAAGAACUACAAAUUAAAGGAAGGAGAUUAUUCAAUAAACAUAAAAGUAAUAGAAGCUACUGACUUAAUUCCAAAGUAAAAUAUAUAAUUGAAUAAAAAAGAUUCUUAAACAUAAAAAAAUAGAAAUAAGGGUUUAUUAGGAAUAACUGAAGCACAAAUAUGUUCAUCUUAAGUAACAGUAGAAGUAAUGGACAAAAAAAAAACAACAAAAAUUAUAAAAGAAUAAUCAAGUCCUGUUUAUAAUUAAGGAUGGACAUUUUUUUUUAAGAAUUUAAAAUUAGAAUAACUAUAAGAUGUAUCUAUAAAAUUUACUGUUUUUGAUAAAUCAACUUUUAGUUCUAGUAUUAUAGGAAGUUAUGAAGUUGACUUAACUUCUGUUUAUUUUUAACCUAUGCACGAAUAUUAUCAUACUUGGCUUACUUUAACUGACCCAACUGAUGAAGUAGAAGGCCCUACUGGUUAUAUUUUUGUAAAUAUUACAGUUUUGGGACCUGAUGAUUCGGCAGCAGUUCAUGAUAUUUCUGAUGCAAAAAAACCUACUGCAGGUAAAGAAAAUGCUUUAGUUCCUUAAAAAAUAAACUAAUAAGGACAUGAAAUAUUAAUAAAUAUUUACAGAGCAGAAAAUCUACCUUGUUUAGAUAUAGCAUAAAAUUCAAUCGAUGCUUAUAUAGUUGCAAAAUUUGGGAGUAUAAUAAAAAAAACAAAAGUAGUAUAAUCUAGAAAUCCUGAAUGGAAUUAAUGUAUUUAACUAGCAUGUAUGUUACCAUGUUAAACAAAAUAAAUAACAAUAAGCGUUUAUGAUAGAGAUAUAGGAAGCGAAGAUGAUUUAGUUGGUUAAUUUAAAAUAGAUUUUAAUAAAAUACAAGGAAAAAAACCGAUUCCAUAAUGGCAAAAUCUUUAUGGAGCCCCAGUUUGUGCUUCAGGACAACACGCAGAUUUAAUGAAUUUCUAUGGAAGUACUUUAGGAUCUCAUUAUAGAGGUCGUCUUUUAUAUUCUGUAACUAGUUAUAAUAAAAAUAAUCCAAAAACAAUAUUAAGAAACCUUAAUUUUUCUUUUCCAGAUAAUCCUAUUCCUUAAACUACUAUUCGUACAUAUAUUUUAUGGAUAGAUAUUCUAGAAGGAAAUGAAAUUCCUGAAAAAAAAAACAAUGAAUUUUUUAUACACGUUAGCAUGGGUCCAUAUAUGUCAUAUUCAAAUAAAUCUAUUAAUUAUUAAGGGUAAGUAAAUUGGAAUUAAUCAUUAAAAGAAAGAAAGGUAAUAUUUCCAGAAGACAUUGAAUAAAUUCCUGAUUUAAUAUUUUAUGUAGCCGAUGAUAAUUCGGAAGAUUCCCGAAUAUGCUAUAACAGAUUAAAAGCAAGUAAAAUAUUGAAUACUAAUCCUGAUUUUAAUCCCAAAACGGAUCAUUAGACCUUCCUUUUGGAAUUAAAAGAAGAUCGUUCUUUGGAUUUGGUAAAGGACGAUGAGUUUCCAGGUUUUUUGACUGUAAGAGUUUCUUUAUUAAAGUUCAGACCUAAAAAAGGCAAAGAAAGAGAAUUUCUUUAAGGAAAUAGUUUAAAAAUGUUAGAUUCAUAUUAAUUAAGAGUGUAGCUUUAUAAUGGAAAAGAACUUCCUCCUGCAGAUGAUACAGGUGGAUGUGACCCUUUUGUAAAAGUGAAAUGUUCAGGAAAAUCUGGUUGGUCAAAAGUCAAAUAAAGAACGUUAAAUCCAGGCUGGUAUUAAAGUAUUAAUAUUGAAGGCGUUUAAUUACCCUCUAUUUAGGAAUUCAUGGAAAGUAAAAUGCCUACAAAAGGAAUAUUUUUGACAUUAUAUGAUUCUGAUGACAAUUAGAAAGAAAAUGGACUAGAAAAACAUUUUAAAAGAGCUUUUAAUUAAUAAUUUUAAUCUCUUUAAUAGAAGUUUAAGAAAUUCUAUGGAAAAAUUUCAGGAAAAAAAGAUGAUGAAGAAAAUGAUGAUGAUAAUACUAGUUUAAAUGAUAAAUAAAAGAAAGACAAUAAAUAGAAUAAUAAUAAUUCAUAAAUCAGUAAUUUCUUAGUCUCCUAAAAAUAAAAUGAUGAAGAAUUAGAUCUCAUAACGGAAAAUUAAGAUUAACUUCUUUUAGACGAUUCCGGUUUAUAGAUUGCUGAUAUAAAUAAAAUUGAUAAAGAUUUAUUAGGAAGAAUAUGGAUUCCUUUAGAACCUACACACGUUAAAUUUAAAUUAAUACAAGAAUAAGAUGAACCAACAUAAUAUGCAGAUAUUUUAUAUAGAAGACCUAAAUGGUAUCCUAUAAAAUAUGAUGCUACAGGAGAAUAUACAGGAUAAGUUUUAUUAAGUUAUGCAAUUAUUCCAACUGUUUAUUAAGAUAGAAUUGCUUCAAAAAGGCUUUUUCCAAGAAGUUAAACUUAGGUUUUAACAUUUUUUAUUAUAGGAGUUAGAGAUAUUGAUUUUGAAGUUAUGGGAUUUACUCCUUAAAAGUUGUAGGCAAGUUUUGAUAUUUCAGGAGAUAAUUAACAACAAAUUAAAACUGAUAAAAUGAAAAUUAAAGACGAUGGUGCUAAUGCAAAUAAAGCUAUUGAAAUGGUCCUUUAAGUCCCUAAUAAUAAAUCUUUUGGACCUAUAAUUGAUGUUUUCUUGUGGGAUGGUACUGAUGGAAAUGAAGAGGAAUUUUUGGGUUAUAGUUCCAUUAAAUUUAAUGAUUUUAGAAGUAAAAAAUCCGAUGCUGGAUAAGAAAAAGAAAUAGAUUCGGAAGAUACUAGUAUUGUUGAUGUUUUAAAAUAAUAAUUUGAAUUAGAAGAAAAAAGACAGAAAGAAUUGUUGAAUUAAUAAUAAGAAAAAGAGCAGAAAAAAAAUGAAAAAUAAUAAAAAGAGGAAUAUGAUGAAGAAAUGAAAGCUUAUCGAAAGUUGCUUUUUUAUUUAUUAUAAAAACAUAUUACUUUGGGACUCCCUUAAUUUGAAAAUGAAGACGAUGAAAACUAACAGCUUUUAGAAGGAAGACAAGAAUUAAAAGAAGAAGAUAUUUAAAUAGUAAAUACAUUUAAUAUGCCAAGCUAAUAUGAAGAAGAAAAUAAAGAAUAAUAGUCACAAAAAUAAUUAGUUUAAGAUAAAUCCACUAUGAAAGAGAGAAGAAUUUCUUUAUUAGAAUCAUAAGAAAAAGAUCUAUCUACUUUCAUGCCUAGAGAUAGUUUAACUUUUUCCAUAAAAUCUCAUUCUAAAAAAGAAUUGACAAAAGAACAAAUCGCUUAAGAUGGAAAAUUAAUGCUUCCAAUUAUAAAAGAAGAUGAAGAAUAAGACGAAAAUAAACUUUUAUAAAAAACUGCUAGAAUGUUUAACAUUUUUAAAAAGCAUAAGCAUAUGAUUAUCUAAGAAUAUGAAGAUUAUGAUACUGAUGAAGAUGAAGAUCUUGAUAUUACUCCUGGAUGGUAAAAAAAUAGGGAGUUUUAUCCUUAAGAAUUCGAAAAAUAUUACUUUCCUACUAAAAAACUAAAAUGCAUUGAUAUUAUGAAAGGUCAAUCAAGAGGAGUUAAAAAAAAUAUUUUUUCUUUUGAUAAACCAAGCAUCCCAUAAAAGCUAGCAACUUUAAAAUGCAUUUUUAUUGAAAAAAAUAAAUAAAUAUAAACAAAAAUCGAAAAUUUAAAAUAAUUAAUGAAAGAAAAAAAAUAUAUAUGUCGUGUUUAUAUUACUAGAGGAAAAAAUAUAGGAGGUGAAGGUUCGAAUUUAGAUACUUAUUUGAAAUUAUAAUUAGGAUCGUAUAAAAAAGACUUAAAAAGUAAUUCUUCAAAUUAACAAAUUUUAUAUUUAUUUUUUUAAAAAAAAGAAACUACUCUAAGACCAGAAACAUGCAAUCCAGAUUAUUAUAUAUGUGAAGAUAUAGAAUGUACACUUCCAGGAAGUGCAGUCUUGAAAAUAUAAGUAUGGGAUGAUGCUUUUGGAAGAGACUAAUUGGUAGGGUAAACAUAAAUAGAUAUGGAAAAUAGAAUAUUUACUGCCAAAUGGGUAAAACUUGACAGAAAACCAUUUGAAAAUAGAAAUUUAUAUCCAGAAAAUGAAACUUUAUCAAUAGGAUAAUUAGAAAUUUGGGUAGAACUGAUUCCCUUUAGGUUUUUAAAGGAUUAUUUACCAGAAAAAAUAGCUCCUCCCCCUAAAUAUGAAAUGGAGCUAAGAGUUAUUGUUUGGGAAACUAAAGAUUGUGUAUUUAAAGAUGAAGCUGAACAAUGUAAUGACAUAUUUGUUAGAUGUUUUUUAAAAAACUAACCUGCUAAAGUAUAAGAAACUGAUGUACACUGGAGAUGUAGAGCAAAUGGAUCUUUUAAUUGGCGAAUGAAAUUUAGACAAACUUAUCCUUUAACCAUUUCAGAUUACGGAGGAGAUUAAUUAUAAGUACAACUUUUAGAUAAAGAUUUAGUAGCUUCUAAUGAUAUUAUAGGAGAAUGUGCAAUAAAUCUUAACUAACAUAAACUAAUAGAUAAAUGCGUAAAAAGAUAAAAAGCAGUAACAAUGUAAAUGAAAGAGCUUUCCAAAACAGGUAAAAUUGUAGAUAAACAAUGGUAUUAAGUUUAUAAUCCUUUAGUUAGAGACAAAGCGAAAAAUCUUAUCCCUUAAGGGCAAGUAUGCUUAAGCAUUGAAUUAAUCCCUGUUAAAGCUGCCGAAGAAAAAAAGAACGGAUUAGGUAGAGAUGCUCCAAACAAUUUCCCGCCUUUACCUGAACCUUCAGGAAGACUUAAAUUUGAUAUAUUUCAUCCAUUUUAAUUCUUAAAAGAUAUUAUUGGACCUAAUCUAUAUAAAAAAUUCUGUGGAAUUAUAAUUUUUGUACUUUGUUUUGGUAUUUGUUCUAUUGUUGGGUGGAUGCUUAUUUCAUAAAUUAUUGCUAUUUCAAUUGUUAAAUGAUGUUUAAAUAUAUUUCAUAUAAAACUUAUAUUCAUAUAUAACGUUAAAACCUUAAUAUAAGACAA